GCCCCCCUCCGCCGUCUCCUCCUCCUCGCACUCCCCCUCCCCCCCCCUGCCUCCGGCUAUCUCUCUCUUCUUGGUGCUUUGUGUUGUGCCCCUCCCCCCUGCCUCCCCCCUGAUCACAGCCCCUCUCUCCAGCCAUGGUUCGCGUCCUGGAGAUCAAAACAGUCAUUGAGCAUCCGUGGCACAUCGUCGCCUUGGCCUUCUUCAACAAGUACACCCCGGGCAAUCCGCAUGUGGCCCACAUCCAGGCGUAUGACAUCCUCCGGCGUGUGUACGAUGGCCAGCGUGGCAUCCUUUCCACCACGCGCCUGGCUUUGAAGAAUGGCAAGAUCCCCGCCUGGGGGCGCUCCUUCAUGCCCAAGGCCCAGGCAUAUGUGGUGGAGGCCAGCCAAGUGGACCGCAACCAGCGCACCAUGACCACCAUCACACACAACCUCACACACAAGACCCUGAUGAAUGUCGAGGAGCGGCAGACAUUCUCCGUUCACCCGGAAAAUCCCAACUGGACCGUUGUUUCUACUGAGGCGCACAUUUCCUCCGGCAUCGGCUACGGGCUGUCCGGCCGCGUGGAGGCCUUUGGCUAUAGCUCCUUCCAGCGGAGCGCCGAGCGGGCUCGUCAGGCACUUGCCCACACGAUUCUCAACCAUUUCAACACGGCCACGGAGACGGCCGAGACGGCAGCCAUGUUUGCUCCCUCAGGGGGGGCCAAGACCAGCCCGGCCGCGGCCGCGGCCUCUUCCAGCCUUGCCAGCCCAUCCUCCUGAGCACCGGCGGACUUGGCCACACUUGAUCCGGCGCGCGCACGCCCACAUGCAUUUCCCUUCCCCCCCCCCCCCCCCCGCAGGGCCCAACCCCUUUGAUCCCUGUCCUUGUGCGGCAUUCUUCCCCGGUCCUCCCCUUAUUGGCCACGCGUUGCUCCGGAAUGAUCCCCGGCGGAGAUGCCCCUCCCCCUCCCCUGUCCCCCGGUGGUUUUCACGCCCACCCACACACCCACAGGGCCCCCAUAUAGACGAACGGUUUCCCC